AUUUAUAUAAAUAAACUCUUUAUGCUUAAAAAUAAAUAUAUAUUGUCAUUCUCUUAUAUAUAUAAAACCAAGUUCAAAUAACUGGUUUCCAUGGUAAUUUAAAUUAUUUUUAAAUAUUUUAUAUAACAAACUUAUUAAUCAUGUUUUUAACGAUAUGAGUUCCCAUUCUGAUGAAGAAUUCAACGAAGUCAUUGAUGAAAUAUACACUUGGCUAGAUCAACAGACAUUUUCAAGGCCAAGAAAAAAUAUAUCACGAGAUUUUUCCAACGGUGUUUUUAUGGCUGAAAUAUUAAAAAAAUAUUAUCCAAAACUCGUUGAUUUACACAAUUAUUCUCACAGCAAUAGUUUGACAAAAAAAAUUGACAAUUGGUGUACAUUAAAUAGAAAAGUAUUAAGUAAAAUUGAUUUAAAAAUAAGUAACGAUGUCAUUAAUCAACUUGCAAAUUCACAUGAUAAAACAAUUGAAACAGUAUUAAUAAAAUUACGUUCAAAAAUAAUAAAAGAUUGUAAUGAUGAAAGAAAUUUACUAUAUGCUGAUAGUAUAUCAAAUGACACAAAAACAGAAGUUGAAUCAGUACUUGAUUUUGAUGAAGUACAAAAUAAAAUGAUACCACGUUCAGCAUUUUUAAAAUUACGUCAAGAAUUACAAGAUAAAAAUGACAUAAUUAAUUCAUUAAAUGAUAAAAUAUCACAUUUAGAAAGUUUAAUUAAAUUAAAAGAUCAAAGAAUUGCUGAUUUAUCAACACAAAUUAUAACACUAGAUAAACAAGACAUUUAA